AGUAGAAGAGAAGGCGUGCUGGCGCCGUUCAUGUGUACGUGAUGCUGAAGGACUGAGAUAAACAAAAUUUUGUUGCCGGCCGUCGUACUGGUCACACGGGAAGAAGUGCACUGCUGCAGGGACCAUAACGGGAAUUCCUACCGAGAACCAAACUCUACGUAGAAAACGAAGCCCCAGGAAUGGCAGCGUUUGACCUAAUCACGAACGCACUAACAGCGCUGCAGGACGCAACACAAGCUCUGACAACGAGUUACAACAGAAUUUCUAUGGCUCACCGUCAACGUUUAGUGAGCUUGGCCAGGCUGGCUACAAUUGGCCUUACCUCGAACGCGGCCGCGUCAUCGCGGCCAGAGAACGCAUUCCACGCUGUCGGCAGAGAGACCUUUCAGAAGGCGUUUGAAAUUAGAUACGUUUUAUACGAGUUUCAUGCCAAUUUGAAGCCCGAUCUGAUCGGCAUCAAGUUCCUGCGUUGGCUGGGGGACUGCGCCCUCAGCCUUUUCCACUGGAUCCGGCUGGACCUGUCGUCGCCCAUCUUCCUGCUUCUCGUACCGAUGAUGCUGAGUUUGGUGUUCCGAAGGUGGCGCCCAGACAAAGGUGGGCGCUCAGAGAAAACCAAGAUCGCCAGUGCCCCACCUCGCUGGCUCAUUCGAGCAACCAGCGCCGAGAAGGAAGCACGCAUUACGCUGGCCAGACGGAGCCGCCGUCGUCUGCGUGGAACCAGGCCCGACGCCGAUCACUGCUUCACAAGGAGGAUUGCCGAGGGUCGCGUCAUGACAAAGCCAGUCGCAGCGAGACUGAUUCAGCGCUGGGUCCGCGCCAAGUUCCAGCCGUGGGUCCUCGAACGGGCGGUUCACAGCGCGCCCCCUGCACCGCUUCAGAGCGAGCCAGAUUGGACGGACAGGGACGCCGGUGCAACAAUCGUCACCCUCGUAGACCACGACGACACGUCGACCAUCGGACCCCAGCAUCCUGGCGAUGCUUGCUUGGUGGACGUUGAUUCGGACGAGCCCGAAACCGUGUACGAAGCACCCGUGAACGACGUGGACGCUGUUUCCCCUAGCUCACCCCGAUGUCGCGGAGCUGUGACGAUUUCCUCAACGCGCCUUCUUCCUUCGAGAAACCAAAUUGAUGGGCGCUUACCGGAAGAGGCAGCGCAGGUGCUGGAGACGAUUCAGUCGCUCCCGCGAGAUGACCAGCAGUAAGCUUCGGUGGCUGUUGGACUCGCGUCUAUACUUACGCGUAAGAUGGCACGAAGUCAAAAACGAAAAUUGCAUAGCGGGGACCAGGAGCUGUGGUUGCGUUCUCGGCAAGUAAAUCAGUGCGACGCACGAAACUAUCGUCUCGAUGUAGUUCAUAAACGAAAUAUUGAGAUAGCGUAAAAAGAUGGGCACGAAUUUGAGUUGGCCAUAAUGGUGUCAGAUCGCGUAAAUGAAUGACGAAUAUGGUUGGUCCAAGAAUUAUAGUUCGUUGUGGUUCGGUCGAUUGCGGAUUGUAAUUAUGAAGCAUUGUUGCCAUUUAGAAGGGCUAAAUAUAUAUAUAAGAAGAUAGCCUUGUGUACGAAUGAGGCCUGCGAAGGAAGACGGUUUAUGUGCGAUGGUGGAAGCCGAUGCUAAUUCUAGUGUGCAAAGCUGCCGAAAUGUUCUCUAAUGCGUGAUGGCGAAGGAAAAAAAGUCAGCACAGUUGCUUUAGGAACCAAUUAUGCGUGCUUCAAGUGGCUUCUGUGCC